AUGACGGGAAUCAGUCAUCUGAAUGUGUACUCGGGGCCGGACUCGGUGCGAAAGUACUUUGAUCCAGAGUGCCAACCGCCGUUGCCCUUGGUCGAGAUCCCAGAAUGCCUUAAUCCUUAUAGAGCCGACGGGGUGCGUAUCUACGCCAAGAUGAUGUCAAUGCAUCCCGCGACCAAUGUCAAAGUCAUGCCAGCCAUGAAUCUGUUGGAAAAGGGCAUCGAGAAAGGCAAAACCACCACGGUCAUGGAGAGCUCCUCAGGAUCAACCGUCAUCUCAAUGGCAAUGGUCGCACGAGCUUUCCAUGGCAUAAACGAUGUGCAUGCCUUUCUGAGCAACAAGACUAGCGAAACUAAGUUGCGUCUAAUGCAAUUUUUUGGACUGAACGUAACGCUUUUUGGCGGACCAGCCCAGCCAACGCCCAUUGAUGAACGAGGCGGAAUCCGUGCGGCUGCUCGCAAGGCAGCGGAGUCAGAAUCUGUCUGCAGCCCCAAUCAGUACCAGAACGAUGACAACUGGAAAGCCCAUGUCCGCUGGACUGGACCACAGAUCCAUAGGCAGUUACCCGAUAUUGAUGUUAUUGUGGCUUCCAUGGGGACAUCCGGUACCAUGACUGGACUUGGCACAUACUUCAAGGAAGCAAAACCUUCGGUUUACCGACUUGCCGUUUGUACUAAUGCCGGAGAGCGAGUUCCCGGUCCCCGCGAGUACUCCUUGAUGAACGAAGUCAAGUUCCCCUACAAGGCAGCCAUUGACGCUCUAGAGGAAGUUGGGGCAAAGGAAUCAUACAGUCUUUCAUUGGACCUUACCAGGCAGGGCAUUGUAUGCGGGCCAUCCUCUGGCUUCACCCUGCAAGGCCUGUUCCAGCGACUGGAGAAGAAGAAGCAAGAAGGAACUCUUUCGCAAUUGGCCGGUCCCAAUGGCGAAAUCAAUUGCGUCUUCAUUUGCUCGGACCUCCCGUAUCAGUACUUGAACGAGUACUUCCAAAAUCUCGGCCCAGAAAAGUUCAGUCCCGUGAAGAACGAGAGACUUCGAAACGUCGAUCUUUACCGAUACGAUGAUGCUUGGGAGAGGAAGGCCGUCGAUGCGGUGUCCGACUUCUUCACCAUCCAGCCAACAAGUGGCGUCUCUACUGUGCUGUCUCUUGCUGCUGGUGGUUCGGGGGAGCUGGAAAAGUAUCUCGUCGCCAGGCAAAAUACCCAGAUCCUGGAUUUCCGUCGUGCUGCCGAUUUCGACGCCCUCCACUUGCCUAACUCCGUCAAUAUUCCUCUUGAAACUUUGAGAAAUGGAGCGGCUUGUGGCAGUCCCUUCGCCAACCCUGUUGACGACUGUACGAUGCUUGAGGCAUUGUGGUUGGAACUCGACGGUCAUUUCACCACAAAGGACAAGAAUGGACAGAGGAACCCAAGUGCAGAGACAUUGAUGGCCAUUUUGAAGAACAAGAAGGUUCUGACCGUUUGCUACGAUGGCGACAGCGCCAGAGUCGCAAACAGCGUGCUUCGUCACAAUGGAGUUCAAGCGGAAAGUAUUUCGGGAGGUUUCGCGGCUCUGUCCAAAGUUGAGCUACCCAACGCUGGCGCCGCUCAGCAAUCAAGUCACGUCGUAUCCGUUGAAGCCUAA